GAUUGGUUGGAUGAAGAAAGCGACGAAUUGCAUGUGGCGGCAAGGUUUGGAAGAGGCAACUUGUAGGUGACCUUUGACCUGAUGAAUGAGCAACAGCAGGUGAUGCUGUCUAGUGUUGUGGUGACUCCUGGGCAACUCCAGGGAGCGUCGGUCAUCGUCCAGAAUGCAGCGGCUGCGGUGCAAGCAGACACGGAGCUGCAGAUGGCAGGAAACUCGACCCUCCAUGCCAGUCUACAGGCAGGCUCGGGUACCAUCAGCCAGCAAUGUGCUAUAUGUGGUGACCGUGCUACUGGCAAGCACUAUGGUGCAGCUUCUUGUGAUGGUUGCAAGGGCUUCUUCAGGAGGUCAGUCCGCAAGAAUCAUCUGUACACAUGCCGGUUCAGCAGAAGCUGUAUUGUAGAUAAGGACAAAAGGAAUCAGUGUCGGUACUGUAGAUUACGCAAAUGCUUCAAGGCUGGAAUGAAGAAAGAAGCGGUACAAAAUGAGCGAGAUCGUAUCAGUUCCCGGAGGACUAGCUAUGAGGAACAGGCUUCAGGAAAUGGACUGUCAUGUGCAUCCUUGCUAAAUGCAGAGAUGCUUUCACGUCAAGUUGGAGCAGCACUUGAGAUGACCUCACCAGAAAGUGACUACAACUUAUCAAACAAACAGAUAGCCAACAUCAACGAUGUCUGUGACUCAAUGAAACAGCAAUUAUUGAUUCUUGUAGAGUGGGCCAAAUACAUCCCGGCUUUCAUAGAACUGCCGCUGGAUGAUCAGGUGGCCUUGUUACGAGCUCAUGCUGGAGAACAUCUCCUGCUUGGGUUGGCACGUCGUUCCAUGCACCUCAAAGAUGUUUUGCUGCUCGGAAACAACUGUAUCAUUGGCCGGCACUGUCCAGAUUCUGGGGUGUCACCAGACUUAGACAUCAGUCGUGUAGGGACCCGGGUCAUGGAUGAGCUAGUCAAACCAAUGACAGAAGUGCAGAUAGAUGACACAGAGUUUGCCUGUUUGAAGGCCAUUGUUUUCUUUGAUCCAAAUGCAAAAGGAUUAAGUGAUUCAAACAGAAUUAAGAGUCUGCGCUAUCAGAUCCAAAUUAAUUUGGAAGAUUACAUCAGUGAUCGACAGUAUGACUCAAGAGGUCGAUUUGGAGAAAUUCUCCUCACUCUACCUGCAUUGCAGUCCAUUACAUGGCAGAUGAUUGAACAGAUCCAGUUUGCCAAGUUGUUUGGUGUGGCACGCAUUGAUAGUCUGUUACAGGAAAUGCUACUGGGUGGAGCCACAGCAGAUGGUAACCUUCAGCAGAACAACACAUCAACUACUGCAGGCAGUUAUCAAGGUAGUUCUGGAGGGUCACCAGGGAGCCCAUUAACCCCUCCAGGCUCAGCCCAGUGCAACAGUCCACCACAACAUAUGCAACACAGCAAUGGGCACCUUGGCAGCCCACCAAUGAGCAAUGGGACCACACCCGGCCAACCACCUGUGGGACCACCUUCACCUCAUUUAUAUGAGGUAGCAUUGUUAACUGCCCCACUCGACCACAAGAAUAGGCAGAACAACUGUGAGUUCGUGUCUCCAAGUAUCAUGAAUUUUUCACAGGAAAAGGCCUGAUCUGCAGUGCAUGAGAUAGUAUAACAGCAGAAGCAUCUCAAGUUAGGACCACCGUUUUUCAACCAAUGGUUCACAACUUAACAUAUGCUGGUCUGCAAAUUCGAGUUAGCAUUAUAAUAUAUAUAUAUAUAUAUACUUUACUGCUAUUUUUUUCUACAGAGAUCUCACUAUAUAACAUAAUUAUGAUUACUGGUCCUCCUUUCCAUUAUAUACUGGCUGGACAAUAUGGAAGAUUUGAAGCAAACUAUUUCAUAUAACUUCUUAUAUAAUUUUAAUUUUUAAAGUUCAGUGUGGGUGAUUAAGAUGUUUCUUUGAUUUAAUAUUGCAUAAAUGUUAUAACUGUAAAUAAAAAUGUUUAGAUAAGCUAGUAAUAAUUAAUUUGGACCCUAUUAUUUGUGCUGUGCAAUGUGACACAGACAGGGCACUCAUAUUUUGUAAACUGACUGUUGUUUUACUGGUCUGUGAAUUAGAAAAAGUUGAGAACCAUUGGUUAUUCAGGGGGCAUGCAGUAGCGUAGUUGGUUGAGGGGCUAUGCUACAAGCCGAAAGGUCGCGAGUUCAAGUCCU